UGGGUUUGAUCUGCUUGACAACACUUUAGUUAAACUCUAAUUUAAUUCAGCUUCAAUUAUUUGACGUACGCUGUUUGUUUAACUGGUGUGACUAAACAAUGUGGUUAAUUUUGUUCUUUUUCAGUAUGUUUUCCCUCCUAUAAAUGAACUGUAGUAGGAGUAAUCCCUCCGCGCGCUUCUUGAAUAUGAAUAUAUUGAGACCGCCCACGCGCCAUGGGGGGCGGGUCGAGCCCCAUUGCUGACCUAUGAAAGAGAGAGGGUGCUUCACUUGGACGCGGACACAUUUCAGCGUUGGCAUCAGGCAGUUCGGUGAGCAUCUUGACCACUCAAACCGGACUUCAUUAGGAUUUCUAAACGACAACAACAGCGAUAUGACAGAACACAGGGAUUUCCUUCUAUUUUUCCUCAUGUCUUUGAGCGCGAUUUAUCCAUGCACAGGAAUAUCGUGGCUUGGUUUAACGGCAAACGGCAGCUCUGUCGGGUGGAAUCAGACGCAUCACUGUAAACUCCUGGAUGGGCUCGUGCCAGAUCAGCUUCAGCUCUGCAAGCGGAACCUCGAGCUCAUGCACAGCAUCGUGCACGCGGCCAAACUCACCAAGAGCGCGUGCCAGGGCACCUUCAGCGACAUGCGCUGGAACUGCUCGUCCAUCGAGAGCGCCCCUCACUUCACCCCGGACCUGGCGAAAGGGACCCGCGAGACAGCGUUUGUGUUUUCUCUGGCCGCUGCAGUGGUCAGUCAUUCUAUCGCCCGUGCCUGUGCUUCUGGAGACCUCCCCAGCUGUUCGUGUGCGCCAGCGCCGUCGGAGCAGGCGGCCCCAGACUUCCGCUGGGGUGGCUGCGGGGAUAACGUUCGCUACGGCCUGCAGAUGGGCUCGGCUUUCUCAGACGCUCCUAUGAGGAACCGCCGCUCGGGACCACAGGCCUUCAGACUCAUGCAGCUUCACAACAAUGCAGUGGGAAGACAGGCACUCAUGGAUGCUCUAGAAAUGAAGUGCAAAUGUCACGGCGUUUCUGGCUCUUGCUCUGUGAAGACCUGCUGGAAGGGCCUUCAAGACAUCAACACCAUCUCCGCCGACCUCAAGUCUAAAUACCUGUCGGCCACUAAGGUCAUUCCACGUCAGAUCGGUACCCGCCGACAGCUGGUCCCCCGGGAGAUGGAGGUGAGGCCGGUCGGAGAGAAUGAACUUGUCUACCUGGUCAGCUCACCUGAUUACUGCUCGCAGAACGCCAAGCAGGGGUCAUUUGGAACCACAGACAGGCAGUGUAACAAGACCGCAACUGGCAGUGAGAGCUGUGGACUCAUGUGUUGUGGACGGGGUUACAAUGCCUAUACGGAGGUGCUGGUGGAACGCUGCCAGUGUAAAUAUCACUGGUGCUGUUACGUGUCCUGCAAAACCUGCAACCGUACCGUUGAGAGAUACGUCUGCAAGUGACAAACCACCCUACGGACUGUCUUCAUCGACAGAGACGAAGAAGCGCGGUGCAGUGCUGGGCAAAUGUGUACGAUCAUUUUAGAGCCAUAAGUGAGUGGAUAAUCCUCAAAGUGCUGUAAGGAUGGCAUGAAAGUGAAGAAAGAAGAGCCGGAGUUGGGGAAUAUGGAUGGUGAAAGAGUUAAUGAAUGGCUGUAAACAAAGAACCCUGCGGUGAGGCCCUCAAGGCACCCCGUGGAAAACCAGAGUGAUAAGUAGUGGCCGCUCACAGCAAAACUCAUCAGCUCCGACACAGAGAAAGAGACUGGGGGAGGGUAGGACUGUGCUGGUAAAGAGUGACUUUACUGCGGUAAUACUUCACACAUUGGUCACAUGAAUUUCAAGACACCGGUUACGCGGCAGAAAGUGAUGGAAAUCAAACCGUUUAGUUUGGUUGACCUCAGAAAUUCUCUGCACUCAGUAUUGAUUAUGACUAUUUUUAUAGCAAAGUAAUAUGUCCUUUAUUUUUGGGAUGUUAAUUGGCUGAAUAUUUCCAUUGUAUUCAUGAAAAGAAAGAUGAAGUCCACGCUUUUCACUCUGGGAAAACUUGUAAAUUUUUUGUAAAAAUGAAAAUUUGUAUUUAUUUUAUUAAAAAUAUUUAAUGCAAAAAA